UUUUAAUUAGUGCCAGUGUCUGGAUAGGGCGAAUUCCCCAUUCCAGCAAUGCAAGACCAGCAUCAAGAGACCGCAGAUGCUGCCAGACCUGCGAGACCUCCGGCGCCCGACAGCAAUUUGAGCCACCAAAAUGUAGUGGUGACUGUUCCUCCCUUGGAGAAGACGGUGUUUGUCACGUGGCAAGAGUUCCACGAGUAUUUAAACGAGUACCAACAACGCACGUUCCAGAUUUACUCUGUGCGCACGGGGACACCAGUUUCCACGAGAAACAAGAGGAUUAAGGAACGAUACACGAAACGAGGACUAGCGGUACCUCCAAGAGAACUGCUACCUGAAGAGAUGGGUACAUACAGUAAAGCAGUCGUAUGUACCCAUGCUGGGAGACCCAGAUCGAGAGCUACUGGAGUGAGGGCGAGACAACCGUCGAGAGCUAUUAACUGCCCGGCGCAGAUUAAUUUGGUGCUACGACGAGAUUAUACCAGUGGAAAAUGUUUUGUGUACGUGAAUUCGCACACAACACGGCACAACCACGCGCUGUCGGAUGGACAGUAUCGCAGACACCCCAGUAUCCGUAGAGUGACAGACCCCGGUGUACUACGCACGGUGCAUACUUUGCAAAAAGCGAACGUGGAGCCAUCCAAGAUCUUGAAAUAUGUACGCGAACAUACGGACAAGGAAGUGAAGAUGAAAGAUGUCCACAAUCUGCUGGCUUCGUUUCGAAAGAGUCCUCCAGAGGCACCACCCAAUACUGCACCUACUGAAACUUCUGCAGUCCCUACUGUCGCUGUACAGACUCAACCAUCAACGCAGACGUCGGCAGUAUCUGAACGGCCUGGAUUUUCUAUCAGAAGCGCCUCACGUCCUCCAGCUGCACCAGCGAGGGAAGUCCCAACGCAGUAUGGCAAAUUCUUAGCAGCUUUCAAUGUUGGCAAGGAGAUCGCUGAGCUUAUGGCGGAGAUGGAUCCAGAGCGGUUUGCUCAGUGCUUCGCGGAACUUCGAAUGUUUUUGAGAAUUAUUGAGAGCGGACGGGUACCUGUUGUCACGACUCGUGAAGCAUUCGGACAUGUACAAAACAAUGUUAUGACGGGCGUUCCAAACACUCCAAUCCCACAGCAGAGUUUCCAGUUAGCUACCCCGAAUACUGGACCUCCAAGUAGCUCUAGUGGACCCACUGAAGACAAUGGUGAAGCUACAAACAGCCUCAUUAGCCCUUCACAACCGUACUCGUCAAGUCAGUGAGUUACUCAGAUUAUCAACAACUUUCAGAUUUUUACUAAGUAAAACUUAUCAAGUGUAUCCAUUUUCCUGGC